ACUCGUAAUAUUAGUUCACAAAAAGUCUUUCUCCUGUGGCCUUUCUCCUGCACAAAUAUAUAAGGUGUUUGGCCACAAGCUCAAGAGCAACCUGGACAGACGAGGAAUAUAUGGGAUAAUUCGUCAAUACAACGAAAUAUAUAUAAAUUUCUAAACGCAACGUUUAGAAAAAAGUUAAAUCAAAGGAAAAUGAACUCGCACUGGCAAGGCAAAGCUACUUAUAUAAUGAAAAAAUAACCAAUAGACUGUAAUAUAAUGGAACAAGAGGAGGAUUAUUUUGGUGAAAACAAUAAUGAAGAAAAUGAGAAAAAUGAAAACGAUGAAAUGUAUGGGGAUUUACAAGAUGAGCCAAAGGAUCUAAAAUCUCAUUCACCAAAGAAGAGAUGGAAAGAAAGACAUUCUGGCAAUAAUAAAGAUUCCCAACACCGAUCCCCACGUAGAAACUCUGGUGAUAAGCCUAGUAGAGCUCAUGACGAUGAUGGGUAUGGCUCUAAAGAUUACAGUCGUAGAUCAAGCGGAGAUUCAAAUGAUCACCAUCAUCGCAGAAAGUCUGAUGAAUUAUCAGAUGAUGAAUCUCAUAAAAAAUCCAGUAGAAAACAUGAUGAUGAAGAUAGGUACUUGAAAUCUAAACAAAGAAAACUAAAAGAAAAACUCAGGAAAAUUGAAGCUGAAGAUGGAGAAAUUUUAGAAGAUGGCGAAAUUGAGGAUGGAGAAGAAACCAGCUCAAAAAAACAGGAGACCUCAGAUUCUAAAAAACUAGAAAGAGAAAUUAGUGAAAAAACUGAUGCCAGUUUUGAAAAUGAAGACAGUGGAGGAGAAGUUGAAGAUGAAGAGGAGGUUGAUAAUUCAGAGGAUAGAAAAAGGGAUAAACAUCAUGACAAAAGAAGGAAACAUAGAGAUCAUAGGGAUAAUAGAGAUAAAAGGAGGAAAUCCAGGGAUGACCAUCAUAAGAAGAAAAAAAGAAGACCUGAUUAUGUUGACCACGACAAAGUUAAUGAUGAAGAAAUGCAACAGGCCUGGCCAGGAGGAAGUAAAAAACAGUCACCUAAAGGUGCUCAGAGACAAGAUAGUAAACAUGCAAGUCAUGGUAAUCACGGAAAGAGAGACAGAGACAGAGAUAGAAGAAGAAAUCGAUACCAUAGUCCUCCAGGUCCAUACGACAGUCCUUAUGACAGUCCUCCAGGACCUUAUGAUAGUCCCUCCUAUGAUGAGGAUUCUCAAGAAGAAUACCAAGAUGAAGGAUAUGAUGAUUAUAAAGAUAAAAGGAAACAAAAGAAGAAAAAGAGCAUGAUGAGUCUAAUGCAGGGAGAUGAAUAUUUGGAUGCCAAUGUGGCUAUUGAAGAAGGGGAGAACUUGUACAAAAAGAGAGAUGGAGGAAAGAAACAAAAACAAAAGAAUUACCAGAACAACAAAAGAAAAUUUGAUCGUCAACAUUCAGAACAACCACCAAAGAAAAAGCCAUUGCUAGACACACCAAUGGAUGAGAGACCUGUUUGUAGGUUUUACAAGGAGGGAAAGUGUCAUAAGGGAGCAGAUUGUCCAUUUAAUCAUGAAUUUAGUGAAAAGAAGCCAGAAUUAUGUAAAUACUACUUAGGAGGAUCUUGUUCUAAGGGAGAUAACUGCAUUUUCAUGCACAGUGAAUAUCCAUGUAAAUUUUACCACACUGGACAGGAGUGUUACCAAGGUGAAAACUGUAAAUUUUCCCAUGAUGAACCAAGUGAUGAAACAGCUCCAAUUGUGGAAAGGAUGAACUCACGAGGUGAUCACCAUGGAGAGGAAGAAGAAUAUGGUCGACAACAGAAACCUGGAGUGCUAGGUAAAAUCUUGAUGUUUGAAAAGGAUAGAUCACCUCCUAGACAUUUGAAGGAGCAGAUGGAAAGAAUAAAGAAAAUUCCUUCUUUAUUUGAUAUACAAACAUUUCCUCCAGGACAAAGCCCUCAGAAACCAGGACAACAAGGAGGUCUAAUGAAUAAUUCUCCACAGCAGAGGAUGCAGGGUCCAAAUCAGGGACAGCCUCCAAGACCAGUUGGAUUUUACAAUGACACAAUGCAAGGGGGAAUGAGGGGACCACCACCAGGUGGACCAAUGGGUCCACAAGGUCCAAUGAACAUGCCACCGGGACAGAUGGGACCUCAGGGUCCAGGUAUUGGUGGUCCAGGUCAGAUGGGGCCCCCUGGACCCAUGCAAGGCCCACCAAUGGGAGGACCACAGGGCCCUAUGAAUAUGCCACCAAAUUCUAUGGGGCAUGGACCAAUGCAGAUGGGAGGUCCACCUAACUCAAUGGGACAUAUGAUGGGACCAGUGAUGCAACAAGGUCCAAUGCAAGGACAGAUGGGAGGGCCAAUGCCACAAGGACAAAUGGGAGGUCCCCCAAUGUCAAUGGGACAAGGACCACGAAUGAUGAAUCAACCAAUGGGUCCACCAGGACCGAUGGGUGGACCAAAUGGAAUGAACAACCCAAAUCUAAAUCCAGCUUUAGCAAUAGUUGGUGCUCUACUUCGUCAUGUAAAUCCAAAUAUAUCACCACAAGUCAGUCAGGCAAUGUCAGUUCCAAGUAUGCAGAAUCCUCGACAGGGAAUGGGCAUACUCAGUCCAAACCAUCCUGGAAUUGACAGUCAUGACCCUAGACAAAGUUUUAAAAAUCCUGCCUUGAAUACAGAUUCAAGCCAGGAGGAAGCAUACAGUCCACAAGAUGAUGAUGAAGAUGAGAUGCCUUUUAUAAAAACAGAAGAGGAUGGCACUAAAACAGGAAAGAUAAAGAAUGAAGAAACUGAUGAAAAUGAGAAAAAGUUGGCUCAGAUGGGGUUAGAUCUUGGGUCACUUAGUCAAUUACCUGCCAAACAGAGGGAGUUAAUGAUGAGACUACAGCAGCAUGGGGGCCAAUCAGAGGGAGAAGAGGAUAAAACAAUUGUUAAAAGGGAACGUAAAGAUAGCUGUAGCUCUGCUGAAGAAAACAAAUCAAAAGCUGCUAAAGUUGAGGAUGAUAACUGGUAUUCAAGUGAUGAAGAUGAUGGUGGUGCUCCAAAACUUACAGAUGUUCUUAAAAAUCUUGGCAAAAAGGAGACAUCAGAUCCUUCACAAGGUUCAUCUAUUAACGUUAUGCAGAUGAUCAAUGCUAUUAAGAGUCAGUCUGGACCAGUAACAAAUCCUCCAGUACGAGACCCAAGGCAACGCAAUAUGGACCCUCGUGCUAUGUCCCAUGGCAAUGAACCUGCAGGUCACAUGGGUUUUCCUCACCCUGCAGAUCCUAGAACAUUUACCAGUGGAUUAACUGUGCCACCAGUAAAUAAAUGGAAUAGUGAACCAGCAAUAAUCAAUUCACGACCAGGUGAUGCAGAAUGGAGGUGCAUUAUUGUAACAGUAGAUCCUUCACGAAGGACAGAACCCCCACAAGGAAUUAAUUUGUUAGAUCCACAGUUCAAAAAUGAUCCAAGGAUGAAAAAAUUCUUAGAUCAUUUAAAUAUGAAAAGUCAUAAGGAAAACAAAAAUCCAAUUGAACUUGGUCAGUCAGCUGACAAUAAACCUGCAGAUCCUAGAUCUAAACCUAGUGCUUUAUUGCAGGAUCCAAGAAUGAAAAAGCAAGGUGAAUCUAGUGCUAAACUCUCAGACCCUCGCUUACAAAGGACAAUAUCUGAAAAUGCCUCAAGUCGAGCAAAUGAUCCACGAAUGCGUGGAAUGACAAAUCCACCAAGUGGUGUUCAUAAUCUUCCCGUUCGUCCAAUAGACCCAAGGUCUAGUGUUGCUACGUCAAGACCAAAUGAUCCAAGAUUUUCACGUCAAUUGAGCCAUGAUAGCAGUUCAAGUGGGAUGGUAAUCAAUGUACCGAAGCCUAGCGACCCAAGAUUAUUACCGAUCAGUCUUGGUGAAAUUGCUAGCCCUUCUCCUUCUGAUAUUUUAGCCAGUUUACAAUAUCCCACUGAUUCUGAUACUGAACAAAAACCAGAUCCUCUAGGAAUAAAGAGACAAAACUCAGUUCGAGAUCCUAGAACCAAAUCAGAAACGCCUGCCGUAGAACAAAAUACAGACUUGCCCAAUAACUUAGGACGGCAGAUAAGUGGCGGAGGUUCCGAUUCUGAUAGCACAUCACAAAGUGGUGACGCAGCAAAAACAAAAAUAGACUAUAGGAAUGAUCCUAGGUUUAAAGUCAAGAUCAAACCAGCAGGUGAAACUGGACAGAGACGUUAUGGGGGACAACGGAAAGGUAGCAUGGAAUAUAGUUCUCCACUUGAUGCAGAAAGUCAACAAAGAGAUAACUCGGGAUAUAACAGUUACAAUCGACCACCAGCUAAUAAUCCUAAACCAGCUGUCAAACAAGAUCCAAGGACACAGAGGACCGCCCCUAGUGUGACAACUGAUCCUGAAAAUCUCUCAAUACCUGAGUUACCAGACUUUAUUCCACCGGAAGAAAACAUUAGUACAAAACUUUACUUUAAACAAAUGGACCCUACUGCAUCACCAUUUUGUUAGCUUUUGAUCUCCUUUGACAAGUUAGAUAUAUUGUAUCAGUAUUUUACUUGUGUCAACGUGUAACCUUUGGCUUAAAGUGAAACUAGAGAACUGAUUCACAUCUAAUGGGGCUAUAUUUAUUUAUAAAUAUAUGUCUUUUUAAGUUGUACUGUACCAAUUAACAAAUAUGUAAUGCCAUGAUAAACUUCUUAAAUUUGUAAUUACAUUAAUUCAAAAUGGACCAAAAAAUCAAUAAUAAGCUGUUGAUAAGAUUUCUUUACAAAAUACUUUAUACCUAAUAUGUCAAAUGGAGAUAGUAUUAAACAAUUUGUUAUGUAAAUUUGUUGUCCUGUCCUAAAGUUCUGUGUGUGCUCAUAAGUGUUAUUAGCUACAUGAAGGAUAUUCAAAGAUUUGUGUAUACAUGUGUAUAUUUGUGAAUAUAAAAUACUUGUUACAGUAGAUAAAGAGUAAAAGUUUUAAGCCUGAUGAGGAAGUUAUGUGUUGCAGCUCAUGGAUUUUGCUUUUUCCAUACAUCCUCGGUGGGUUUGUGCAUUGGAUAGGAAAAACUUCCAGUUUGUCUAACUUGCCUACCCUGUAAGUGGGCAUUCUAUUUCUUGUUUUUAUAAAAUCACUUGAAAACCACCCAGUACAACCCGUACAGUUUGAACUGAACCACUUUUUGGGCUACUGAAAUAGAAAUUAUACAAAAUUUGACAUUCAUGACCCUGAGUUUCAUAAAAAAUAAUUGAACUAUGUUGAAGUAAUACAAUUUUCUGGACCAGUGAAAGUAAGAGAAGAAAUGUUGAAUGGGCUGCCCACUUUGGAUAGAUGAAUUCAUGAGGUGUAACAAUACAUGUAUGUUGAAAUCAGAACUUUUGUUACAAAAGUAAUGUUACAUUUUGCAUUUAUCAUGUAUUAAUUAUGAAAGAUAUUUUUAAUUAUCAUGACUGUUAAAACCAUUAACAAUUCAAUAAUCUAUGUUACAUACUUUCAUAGCUGUAAUAUCUAUUUUAAUUUUUGAUUUCAAUUUAAUGUAUUUAAGACUUUAAAACUGUUAUCAUUUUACAGUUAAAAUAUGUGUUGUCCAAUGAAAGAUUCGCAUAUUUAGUUUGAACUUUAUAUGUUUUAACAUUUUAAAAUUUUUUAAAGAUUAAAUAUGAUAUACAUUCAGAUUAUGUAUUACAAAAGUUUAAAUUUAUAUAUAUCAUAUGUGAACAUUUAUUGAUAUGAGGAUUUCCAAACUUAUCAAGAAAAAGGUUCUUCAGUUAGUGUCUGACUCUGAUUUAAUCUUUUUUGUAAUAUCCAAGACAGAUUUUUCCACUAGUAUUAGAUGGAUUGAAGGUAAAGAGAAGUGAGGGGAGCUCCAUUAAAUUAUAUAAGAUACCCAGGGAAAGCACUUUAAUAUUGCUCUCAAUGGUUGUGUUAACACUGUAUUAAUCAGGGGCGAUUCCAGGAUUUUAGGUAAGGGGGGGUGCAAACUCAAAUUUUUUUGAGGUAAAAUUAUUAAAAUAUUCUUUAUUAAGCUGAGGACAACCCAUUCUUUGCAAAUUUUAGGGGGGGGCACGCCCGCCACGCCCCCGCCUGAAUCCUCCCCUGUUAAUGUAUUGCAAUAAGUGUGGUCCUUACUCCUUAGAUACAUAUGUGUUACAAUGGAACAGCUCUGAUGCAAUUAUAGAACAUCUGCUGAAUUGUUAAAUUUAAAAGCUAAAGUUUCUUCCUUUUGAUAUGCAAGUGACUUUCUUUGCUUUGUUUCUUCCGAUCUUGACUUUCUGAUCUUUGAUUUUAUUCUCUGAACUGUUAUACUUCUAUCACAAGGUUAGUACUUACCUUAGAUGAUAAGAUGUUCAGAUAAUUUCUUAUUUAGAGAAUACAUUGAAAGACCAUUUUACAAAAGAAUUAUCACUGGAAACGUAAAAUUUGCAUUUUGCUGUUUGAUUACACAUUACAUUUAUGUCUGAAUUAACAGUAAUGUCUUGAGAUUCCUACUAUUUUAUGCAUUUGUAUUUAUCUUACUUUCUAACUAAAUUUUGCAACGAAGGUUAGAAAAUAAUACAGGAAUGUAUAGAAAAGGUAAAAUAAAAUAGUUGUAAUGUAUUGUUGUGGUUUAGAGUGUUCCUCGAAUCCAUGCUUCAUUUUUACACUCAUUUAAAUAUCUUCUGUCUCUAUGUUUUGAAUUAUUAUUCUAUGUAUUUUAUACCACCGAUUUUUAAUGUGUGAUACUUUACUCAGAAGGUUUACUGAUUUUCUAUGCUUUACUCAAUAUUUUUAUCUUGUUGAAUCUCUUUGUAAAUAUAUCAUCACCAUGGAAAUGUCACUAAUGAUUCUAAGCAAAAUAUAUUUAUACAACUUCCAGAAGAAGAAAUUGAUGUUAUAUAAUCUUAUUUCAAUGAUUGAUAUGUGUUGGCAAUUUUUGCCAAAAGUUGCAAAAGCUUGAUAUUUGUUGAAAAAAAAUUUGAACAUUUGUUUUUUCAAAGAAAACUGUUUACUUUCAAUGGUUUUUAAUUAUAUUUAGAAUCAGAAUGAAAAGACGCAAAAAAUCUAAAUUUUGUAAAAUGUUGACAAGCACAUUUGAAUUGAAUAUUUAAACAGUCAUGGUAGUUGAUGGAAGAAUCUAUUGUUGUCCCCCUUUGUUUUGAUUGUACAUUAGCAAGACAUUUGUAUAAAAUAGACUUGUUACUUAGUAACCCUAAAAAUAAAAUACCAAAUACCA